GAACGAAGAGGAAGAGCGAGCGUACUAGCAGCCAGGAUGUAAAGAGGCUCCGCCCCUCAUCAGGCCACACCCCCUCCAGAUCAUCUUCUUCCAUUAAGAGGGGGCUGGGGUCGUCCUCUAAGAAGGCGUCCAGCCCUCGAAGCCACCACGUCACCAGCUACCACCAUGGCUACUACGAUGAUCGAAAAGGUCGGCGUGGAGCCCGGGAGGGGCCUCGGACUCGUGGAGGGGAGGAGUCUCGGCGUCGGGAGUCUCAUCGGAGCCUGGAGGGUCUUAGUCGGAAGCUGCGACGUGACGAGCGGCAGCCAAGCCCCGCCCGCCACAAUAACAACCAGUCAGAGGAAGAGGCAGAGUACGGCUCAGAUCAGGCGUCAGGCAGCUCCUCCCCCGCUGCAUCCCACGAGGAGGAGGAGGAGGAACAGGAAGAUGAGGAGGAAGAUGAAGAGGAGGAGGGCAUGGAGGAAGAGGAGGAGGAUGGAGAAAAGGAAGAGGAGGAGGAGGAAGAGGAGGAAUAUGAUGAGCGUCGUGGUGGUGGCGAGGGAAACGACUACGACACUCGGAGUGAGGCUGGAGAUUCACGCUCCGCCUCCUCCGUUAGUUUCUCUGAUGACGGCGAGUCGGUCCACUCAGGCUCCGCCUCUGAAGCUUCAGGUUCAGAGAAGAAGCAUGAGAAGUUGUCAUCAUCAGUUCGAGCUGUUCGAAAACGGAUGGAGAAUCCCACCAACAAACUGCGUUACAUCCUGCGAGACGCUCGCUUCUUCCUCAUCAAGAGCAACAACCACGAGAACGUUUCUCUGGCUAAAGCCAAGGGAGUUUGGUCGACGCUGCCGGUCAACGAGAAGAAGCUGAACGGUGCGUUCAAGUCGGCUCAGAGCGUAAUCCUCAUCUUCUCUGUGAGGGAGAGUGGCAAGUUUCAAGGUUUCGCUCGUUUAGCCUCAGAGUCCUAUCAUGGCGGCUCUCCAAUCCACUGGGUUCUUCCUGCUGGCAUGAACGCCAAGAUGUUGGGAGGAGUCUUUAAGAUCGACUGGCUGUGCAGGAGGGAGCUUCCUUUCAUCAAGACGGCCCACCUGUCCAACCCCUGGAACGACAGCAAGCCAGUGAAAAUCGGACGAGAUGGCCAGGAGAUCCAGCCGGAUAUCGGAGCUAAACUCUGUGCCCUGUUCCCAUUGGACGAGAGCGUGGACGUUCACCAGGUGGCUCGUCGCAUUCGUCACAAGCGCGGGACGCCGUCAGAGCCGCGGCCCCGAGGCCGACCACCCCUGCGUGAACCGGGAAGGCGUCGACCUGAAGAGUUUGACCUCCACGGCAGGAAGAGGCCACGUACAGAUGGUCCACCAGACUUCAGCCAGCGAGCAGGGUUUCUCCAGGAUCUACGCAACCAGCCAGUGGACAGGAGAUUCUCUGGAGUCAGACGAGACGUGUUUCUGAACGGGUCCUACGACUACAUGAGGGACUACCACCACAACGUUGGGCCUCCUGCUCCUUGGCAGACCAUGGCGCCAUACCCCAAUGUGGAGCAGCAGCCCCCCCACC